AUGCAGACGAGGCGACUGAGCUUUUUAGUUGCAGCUGGCGGAAUACUCGUUCUGUUAGUUUUCUCGUCCUCAAGACUCUUCCAAACCAAUGAUAUAUUGUCAAGCCUGACGUCUCCAGCAAAAACUAGCGAGGAAACGAGUACUGCAGUUUCCCUUAUCCGCUGGGAUAACUACUUGGAUUACACAAGAAAGCUUGAUUUUGAAAAUAGCACUGCUCUCUUUAACUCAGUUCGCGCAGCGUUGAGGCAGUCUUCCUCAGACAUUCAUCCCGUCGGAGUUUCUUAUUUUCCUGCAGUCAUACCUCAAGGGACUCUGAUGUACCAUGCCGGAUCAAAGGUUCCAACGACAUUUGAAUGGUUAGCGAUGGACCAUGAAUUUAGUUACAGUUUUGGCUUAAGGUCGCCAUCUUACGGCAGAAAGUCCUUACAAAAGCGUCGUGGUGGUCCUGGGCGCGGGCCUGGGGGUGACAAGAAACCCGGCGGGAGUAAUACUUCAGUAAAUACCCCUGAUAAGCCGUCAAGAGGUCCAGGUUUGACAAGCUCGCAAAAGAUGCUUACCUAUCGGGCUACAAGAGACUUGAACAAAUUUCUCUAUCUUGACGGUGCGUCAGCUGCAAAAACAGAAACGGGUGAGAUGGAUACCCAAGAGUUACUUUCUAACGUGGCUGAAAAGAAACUCAACCUUUCAGGCGACGGCGAAAAUGGAGGUAUGCAGGAACGUAUUUUUGCCGCGAGGAUCUGCGAAUGGGGGAAGCCUUUUGGUCUUGACGGCAUUAUAAGAGUUGAAGUUGGAUUUGAAGUGGUCCUAUGUAACUUUUCCUCGUCUGCCGUUGAAUUAGUAUCGGCCUUAGAACUGGUCAAUCCUAGCGAACAUCUGGGCCUACCACCACCUAGCGUUAUUUCGAAGGAGAACGGCUGGCCGUUGGACGAUGACGGAAACCUGAUUGAAGAGGACCUGACAGAUGAGCAAAAAGCUCUUCUUGACAAAGAAGACUCGUGGCAGCAGGUUUUGGAAAACUUUUACGGAGUUAAAAGCUUUAAUUGGUUGCGCGCAGGUGCUGUUCAUGACAAAGGGGAACGGAGAAUCCAGUUAGACUACAGGCAUUUAGUUACUGGUAUUAACAGGACUGUUAUCAAUCCAGACCCCAACAACAGAAGAUUACUCAAUGACGGAACGUCAUGGGAAAAUCAGCUGAAAAUCGUUGAAGACCUGGAGCAAGUACUGAGUAUAGGGUUCGAUGCGUCCCAAAGCACUGAUUGGCAAAUCGUUUUCGAUGAGGUUGUCGAUAAGUUUGCUCCAAUUUUGAGAAUGUUGAGCGGAAUAUUACAACGAGAUGAUUCCUCUUCAGAAAAUAUAGCUAUCAACGCAACUGCGAUUACACUGAACUUCUCUUUAAGAUUCAAGGCCAAGGAUGACGUCAAAAACCAAUAUGGAAAUGACAGAGAAUUUGCUGUUUACCAAUACGUCAGACCUUUGAAAGACCUACGGACCAACUCAGAUUUUUUGGUUUGGUCCGCCAGUGUUAAUGUGGUUAGAAAGGUUGUCGACGCAAUUUACGACGUGAAUGAGCUCUUAUUACCCAUUGUGCGUUCUCAUAUGGGAAAGGAGAGUGGGGCUUCAAUUGAAGCAGCUCAAGCUGUCACGAGAGCUCAGCAAGAGAUCGAUGACUUGAUCGAAGACUUAGGAUGGAUUGAGCUACAUUACCGAUGCGAAAAAGUUUGUAAAUGGGAUGAAAUAUGUUAUACUCCCUCAUGGGGACCAUCACCUAUGGGUAUGACAGUUCCCGGAUCUCCGAAUGCGGGAACCGGAACCCACUAUGAUGCUGAUCGCCAAAGACUGGUAAUUGACAGCGCUUUGAGAUGCCUGAGUUUGAAUGAAUUGCUAGGAAAUCGCGGCCACUUUUGA